AUGCACGCCCACAGCCUGCCGUUGUUCCUCCUGUACGUCUGGUGGGCUCUCCUCCAGGCGGGCGCCGCGAUGGUAGCCCCGGUGCCCCUUCGAACGUGGGGGCAGCCCUCGUCGCCAUCCCCUCUUGCUUAUAUGCUGAGCCUGUACCGCGAACCGCUGCUCCUCCGGGCGGACAUCAUACGUAGCCUGCAGGCGCAAGAUGUGGAGGUGGAUGGGCAGAACUGGACCUUCGCUUUUGACUUCUCCUUCCUGGGCCAAGAAGAGGAUCUGGCAUGGGCCGAGCUCCGGCUGCAGCUGUCCAGCCCUGUGGCCCUUACUCCUGAUGUCCCACUCUCAAUUGAGAUUUUCCACCAGCCAAAGCUGAAUGAGGAUAAGGACCCACCCAACUGCCCAGAACGUCUUCGAAUGGACCUCUUCACUGUCACUCUGUCCCAGGUUACCUUUUCCUUGGGCAGCAUGGUCCUAGAGGUGACCAGGCCACUCUCCAAGUGGCUGAAGCACCCUGGGGAGCUGAGGGAGCAGAUGUCCAGUUUGGCUGGAGAGUGCUGGCGGCGGCCCCCCACACCACCUGUCACCAAUGUGCUCCUCAUGCUCUAUUCCAACCUCUCCCCAGAGCGGAAGAGGCUGGGUGGCUCCACCCUAUUGUGGGAAGCUGAGAGCUCCUGGCGGGUCCAGGAGGGACAGCUCUCCCGGGAGAGGGCCAGGAGGCACCGUCGAUAUCACUUGCAGGACAGAAACCAACUGUGUCGGAAGGUCAAGUUCCAGGUGGACUUCAACCUGAUCGGAUGGGGCUCCUGGAUCAUCUACCCCAAGCAGUACAAUGCCUAUCGCUGUGAGGGCGAGUGUCCUAACCCCGUGGGGGAAGAGUUCCAUCCAACCAACCACGCAUACAUCCAGAGUCUGCUGAAACGGUACCAACCCCACCGAGUCCCUUCCACCUGCUGUGCCCCAGUGAAGACCAAGCCCUUGAGUAUGCUGUAUGUGGACAAUGGCCGAGUCCUUCUAGACCAUCAUAAAGACAUGAUUGUGGAAGAAUGUGGGUGCCUUUGA